AUGGUCAUUUUGAUGGUAGACUUGUACAUGGAAGAUUUAGAAUAUCAAGAUAACUGUAUAUUCGUUUCUGACAGUACGGUCUACGCAAAGCAGUACGCCUUGCUCUCGGACUGUUUCAAUGCGCUGUGUUACAGGGACCAGGAACUCCGCGUCUCCCAAGUGGAUUCUACACCUUGUAUGAACCCGUAUAUUACAGAUUGA